UAGAACCGGAAGGCGCUGGCCGUUUGCGAAUCUUUCGGAGCGGGUGGGAAGGCGCUCCCGUGGUGUGUGUGUGUCUGUGUGUGUGUUGCCAUGGUUUUUUAUUUCACGUCCAACGUUGUUCCUUCCAUUUAUACAAUUUAUAUGGGAAAAGACAAGUAUGAAAAUGAAGAUCUAAUAAAAUACGGUUGGCUAGAAGAUAUUUGGUUUCAUGUGGACAAGCUCUCCUCAGCACAUGUCUACCUCCGGCUACAAAAGGGGCAAACAGUGGAUGAUAUUCCUAAGGAGGUUUUGAUAGAUUGUGCACAGCUUGUGAAGGCCAACAGCAUUCAAGGCUGCAAAAUGAAUAAUGUCAAUAUAGUAUACACCCCAUGGGCCAACCUAAAGAAAACAGCAGACAUGGAUGUGGGCCAGAUUGGUUUUCAUAGACAAAAGGAUGUGAAGAUAGUGACAGUGGAGAAGAAGAUAAAUGAGAUUUUGAACCGAUUGGAAAAGACCAAAGUGGAACGAUUCCCAGACCUGGCUGCAGAGAAAGAAGCCCGUGAGAGGGAGGACAGGAAUGAGAAAAAGGCCCAGAUCCAAGAGAUAAAACGAAAGGAGAAGGAAGAAAUGAAAAAGAAAAAGGAACUGGAAGAACUUAGAAAUUACUCUUCCUUAAUGAAAGCAGAGAAUAUGACUUCUAACCAGGAUGGCAAUGACUCCGAUGACUUCAUGUAAAUCUAGGCACCCUCUUUGUGGAAGAGGAAGAUGAAUUGUGACAUCUUAGUCUUUUGCUCAGGGUGCCAAACAUAAGCAAAUGAAAUUGGGAGUCUCUUUACUUGUUUUAUUGUGAGCAGAGAGUAUCUGUUCGUUUUCCUGGGCAGAUCAUUCCAGUUAAAGUUCUGAAACCAUCAGUUGUGACUCCAGAGCUAUUAGGAUGUCUUACUUCCUGGAGAGGCUGGAUUUCGGGGUGUCUAUAUUUCCAGGAUAGUUUGAGGAGAAGGCUACACUCAAGAGGCUUUGAGCCAGAAAAUCAGUUUCUGCCUUAAAUUUUCCUGGGGAGCAGAUCUGGAAUGUUUUGCCAUUAUCUUUUAAAUAUGCGUCAUUGUGUUGGAGUUUUAUUUUAUUUUUAUUUUUUUAGUUUCCUUGGUUGUUUGGGUCCCUGGUUGCACCAAUUACAAUUUGAUACCUCUCGUCCCUUAGAAAUCUGAAUUCACAACAGCUAUGUUUCCAUGGUUAUUAUACUUGGCU